UGUCGCGCGAUGCCCGUACAUUGCUGCUGGUACACCUUUUCCUUUUAGUUCUCACUUCCAUGCUUCAUUUCAUUUAGUUGUACUGCUUCUGCUUCACUCUUGGCAUUAAUUCCGUCGUCGUGUUUGGCAUCGUUUGGAAUUUAGAUUCCAACGAAGCCCAUCGCAAGAGUGCAGCCUAUUUUAAAUUCUAAUCCCCAUUUCCGUAACCGUUAGACGUUAGUCCUUGAUCGCGCCUCAGGUAGUCAGGUGUCUCAGAGAUUCCAAAAGUACAUCGUUCGGUAUUAUCCUAAACCUAAACCAGAAGUCGAAACCAGUUUUAGUUGGAUCCAGUGGGAUAUAAGAAACGGCUCGCAAAGUGUGGAUUGUGGAAUUCCAAUACAGUGUUUUGGUUUAUUACUUGCAAAUGAAUUAAACAGUUUGUAUUCAAGAUCGACUCUCACGAUCGUCGGGAACUCGGCUGGUCGAGCUGGCGGAAAUACGAGGAUGGUAAGCUCCCGUUCACCGGGCGCAAGUGUCACCUGUAGCAAUAACUCAACAUCAACAGACGUGCCUAACAACAACGACCUGGUUGUCAACAGUUCCUCCGCAGAUGUACCUGUUUAUAAUUCGAGGAAUGACAACGAACCAGAAAGGGACAUUUUAAACAACGGAAGGCCAGGAUGGAACAGCGAAAGUGGUCCACCCUCGCUUUCAAUGUCCAUCGAUUUGCAUCACGCGACUUCUGCUCAACACGAUUCGGGAUCGUUUUCGGCCAGUCCUGAUCGAAGUAAUGCUACUUCCUGUAGGGUCAAGGUCACUGAAAGUCACGAGGAGGAAGAAAGAUACGAGGGUUUUGGAUCUGUUGAGGGAGAUUGUGAGGAAGAAGUUGAAUCUGCUGGAGGUAGUAGUUCUGCACCCUCGCCCACGGGACCUUCUUCAUUGAGAAACCCGAGAAGUCCAAACUCAACUAUUGGUAGGCACUCCUGGCUUAGAACUUCGCUCAGAAGAACUCCUUCUGGAACUAGUAGGAAGAGAUUGAGCUCUAAUGCUUUAGCCAGUCAAUUGUAUCGAAGUAGUAGUUUCAAUAGUUCAGGAAGAGGUUCCAUCUGUGAUACAGCGGAAGACAUGUACAGCGAUGUUUCUCUAGAGGAUGAUGUUCUUGAUCUGAACCACAGAGUACAUAUGAUACAAGAACAAAUGCACGCUUUAGUGGAUACUCAGUCCGUGGGGGAAGAGAGAUAUGCGAGAGCAAAGGAAGAAAAUGCAACACUCCAGGCCAGGAUACUUAUGCUGGAAGAAUCAACAAAAGAUGCUGAAAGUAGAGCUGAAGAGAGAUUACAAGCUGAACAGAGAAGGCAUAGAGAGUUUGCCUGCCGUCUAGAACGUGAGAGACAGCUGCAAAUAGAGAAUUAUUCGAUAAAACUACAAGCAGUGGAACUUGAGAGUGCCAGUUUGAGGGAUGAAGUUUCGCGGUUACGGGAACAAUUAGAAAAAGUUAGGGCAGAAAAAAGUCGACUUGAGAAUUCUUUGGAUGAUGCAAGGAGAGAAGCAGAAUCAGCACACGAACUCGAGCGUCAGGCACUAAGUCGCUCAAACGAAGCUAAUCAUAUGUUGGAAGCAGCUAGGGAAGAAUUAGCUUCACGUAUUGAGGAUCAGCAAAAGUUGGAAGAGCUAAUACAAGAAGUUUCACAUCUUCGUGCUCGCAACAAAAGUUUAGAGGAGUCAAGGGACGAACUCCAAGCGGCUGCAGCGUUGCAAGCUGGCCGUGAAUUGUUGAUGUUGAAUCCUUGUGCGAGCAAGAUUGAAAAGGGAUCUAGUCUCGCGGCAGAAUUAUUGGCAGGGAUGAACCAAGACCAGCCUGACGGAAGUUCGCCAAGAGAUCCUCAACCACGCACCCUGUCUGAAAUGAAGCAAGCCUUAAAAGAACAACAGGAAGUAAACACCCAAUUGCGGGCGUACAUAGACGGAAUAUUGUUGAACAUAGUUGAAAAUUACCCUCAACUCCUGGAAGUGAAGCAAGCAAAUUAAAAAUGAGAGUGUAAACAUGUCCCUGUUUAUAAAAACUGCGACUUAUUUUAUAUCGGGCGAAAAUACCAUGUCGUUAAAUAUAAAUAAAAUUAAUUGUACAGAUAGGUAGUAAUAGUGCUGAGUGAUAAAGUACAGGGUUCUCAAACGAUAUAUGGAUUGAUCUGAAUGAACAAGAUUUGAUAUAAUCUUAUCCUCGGUUUGAGAAAGCUAUUCAAUUUUUGCUAUUUAGAAAUUUAAUUUCCAAAAUGGAAAUUUUCUCGAACGUAUAUUUUCCUACUUGCGACGCGUUCUCGCUUAGUUUAAUUAAUUUUAGAAACUUUUACAAUAUAUUUUACAUUUUAUUAGAUUAAAUUGAAGAGUCUUGUUUCCUAUCUUGGUUAGAACAAGUGUUAGUUAUUGAAAGCGUCGAUCGUUUAAUUUCUACGAUUGUUUCUACUUUGUAAAAUAAUCUAGAGUAUCACUAUCACUGGUCAAGUGAUCUUCCCGUCCUCAACUUCAGAAUUGCCUUUGAAGGCAUUUUUUGAAUAAAACGUAUCGUGUUUGCAAGGUUAAGUUUAGUAAAUUCACUGCCAGCAUCACUGAAAAGCAUCACUGAACCAUCCAAGGAUGGGCAUUUUGACGUCACAUCGGCUGUGGGCGUUUAAAAAAAUGGAUAAGGAACGUCUGGUCUAUAACACGAAUAGCCAGAUGAUAAUUGUGUGAUAAGUCUGCUCUUGAAAAAAUACGUUUGUACAAAAUAGGGAAUCUGCAAUACUGUGUGGCUAAAUAAAUAGUAGCUUUUCAUACAAUUUA